AUGAAGUCCAUUAUCAUCGCAGCCGCCGUCUCAGGCGCCCUCGCCUCCCUCAACUGUACGGCCCUAGCCGAAGUCAAGACCUACUGCUGCCCGGACACCAAGUCUGAGCUCGUCAAGACCGGGCCCGCCGGUGCCCUCAUCAUGAUGGGCUGCGCGGCCGACAACACCAAUAAAAACUGGUACUGGAACUACAACGGCCUCUACACGGCCUACUCAACCCAGUUCAAAGACUGCUACCUCAACACCAUCCCCUUCAAUGACCUCAAGGUCACCAGUAUUUGCCUACCAAAAACCACUUUGCUAACAACAACCUCCCGCCUCGAUGACACAGUCCUCCCCGACUGCAAGGACGAUACCUACGUCCUUGACCUCACUCGCGGCAAGUCCGGGCCCCUCGACAAGUGCAACCCCAACUGCGUCAGCCAGGACAAAUUCCCCGCCAACACCUACUUUGGCGACCGGCAGAAGGAGACCAACAUGGCGGCUGAUUUUCCGCGUCCUAAUCCCAGCCCGUGA